UUGUGUUUCGUUUGAUUUUUUGUUUCCUGUGAAUCUUCUUCUCCAUCGUUCGAAUCGCCCACCUCCUCGCCUCCGAUCCGGUGAGUCUUCUUCUCCAUCAUCCUGAUUAUAUAUGAUUUUUGUUUCCUGUGUUCGAUUUCCUGAUUAAAAGACUCAAACUUUUAAAAUCAGAGCUUGACAAUUUUGAUUUUGUUUCCUAUGUUCGAUUAUUUUUUUUGCUGGAGCUCUGCCGGAGUUCUACAAAAGACCAGACACGUUCAGCCUCUCCUUUGUUUGAUGCUGAGAAAGGUUUCUCUUCAUCCUCAUCGUUAGACCCAAACGAUUCAUCGUGAGAAGGGUUUCUUGUGGUCUUUGGAGCUAUAGGAAGCGGAGCUAGCAGCGUUGUUCAACGUGCUAUUCAUAUCCCGAAACACAGGCUUCUAGCCUUGAAGAGAAUCAAUAUCUUCGAAAGGGAGAAAAGGCAGCAACUGCUUACAGAGAUAAGGACGAUGUGUGAAGCUCCUUGUCAUGAAGGACUUGUGGAUUUCCACAGAGCGUUUUAUAGUCCUGAUUCGGGACAGAUCAGCAUAGCUCUUGAAUAUAUGGAUGGAGGAUCUCUUGCAGAUAUCUUGAAAGUAACUAAGAAGAUACCUGAGCCCGUUCUUUCGUCAAUGUUCCACAAACUCUUGCAAGAUGAGAAGAAGCUAAGAGAGGCGCUUCUAUUCGCAAAUGCUUGUGGAGCUAUUACUGUAACAGAGAGAGGAGCUAUUCCAGCUAUGCCCACCAUGAAUGCUGUUCAAGACCUUCUCUCUUGUUGGAGAGUGGUGUUGCAAACUGCAGAAAAUUGCAGGGUAUUUGCAGGAUCUUCUUUACAAUUUAAGCAAAGUAGGACAAGCCAUUGAGAACAAUGAUCUACCAGCUGCAGGUUUGGUUUUGGGAAAUGUUUGUGUCUGAGUUUUCUGUGUUUUCUACUCUUAUGCAAUACAUUUUUUUAUAUCUCAAAUAUAAGGAACACCAUUGCACACUCUUUUUUAACUAAGU